GGUGAGAGGAGGCAGAGGGAGGAGGAGGCUGGAGCAGCCCGGAGUCUGCGGGAGGAUCUCAGGGAGGACGUUCACACCAAUGACUGGAUGCGGCAUCUCUGGCCGGCCCCGGGGACACGCCGUCUUCUUCUGCUCGGGUUCCAGUGCAUGAGACCUCGGCACCAUGGCUGAGGCAGGAGCCCCCUGUGUAGCCGCACCUCAGGGAUGGUAGUUCUGCAGAAAAGGGAGUGUGACCACAUUCUGAUUGCCUCUUUUUGCAUCCCUGAAGACUUGUCAUGGCCAAGCUUUCCCAAGGAGCAGGGUCUGCAGAAGACCUCAACAAGAUCUCGGAUGAGGAGCUUCUGAGGUGGAGCAAGGAGGACCUUAUCCAAAGGCUGAGGAAAGUGGAGGUCGAAAAGAUGAAUCUCAUGUUGGAACAUGGCAAUUUAAUGAAGGAUGUAAACAGGAGGCUGCAGGUCCACCUUCAUGAGAUCAGGGGGCUGAAGGAGGUCAACCAGAAACUUCAAGAUGACAGCCAGGAGCUCAGGGAGCUGUGCUGCUUUUUGGAUGAUGAUAGGCAAAAGGGGAAAAAGCUUUCCAGGGAAUGGCAGAGGUUUGGGAGGCACACCGCCGGCGUGAUGUGGAAGGAGGUAGGGUCCUAUCAGCAAAAACUGAAGGAGCUGGAAGCCAAGCAGGAGGCUCUCAUCAGAGACAACUUGGAGCUCAAGGAGAUAGUCCUCAUGCUGGACGAGGAGAGGAACGGGGCAGGUUCUAGGAGUUCCAUUGAUAGCCAGAACAGUCUGACCAAUCUGAAUGGUGGCUCUGGGGCAAGGGAUGUUGGGGAUGGCAGCAGUACUUCAAGUACUGGCAGUGCAGGUAGCCCAGACCACCACCACCAUCAUCAUCCUCACCCCAAACCAGUGGAGAAUAAAACAGGUACCAUCAGGAGAUCUGCAGAUGACCUUUCCACCCUUCCUCACCACAGAAGUAUUCCUAAUGGACUGAAUGAUACGUCUUCCAAUUACAUCCGACAACUAGAGACCAAAGUGAAGCUCCUGGAAGACGACAACAAAAUUCUGUCACAGCAUUCCAGCCACAAUGACUUAAGGACGUUACGGAAAGGCUUAUCUCCUUACCACUCUGAAUCGCAGCUGUCCUCGCUGUCUCAGUACCCGGAGCCCCUGCAGAACGGCACCGUGCGGAUCACAGCCGAUCUCUCCUCCACGCCCCCUGCUGGAUACGUCCCAGUAGUGCAGAAGCCAGAGGCGGUGGUGCAUGCUAUGAAGGUUCUGGAAGUGCAUGAAAACCUGGACCGGCAAGCUCCUGACAACUACGAGGAAGACCUGAGUGAGAAGGAGAAGGCGAUUGUACGAGAAAUGUGCAAUGUCGUGUGGAGGAAGUUGGGCGACGCCGCCAACUCCAAGCCUUCGAUCAGGCAGCAUCUUUCUGGAAACCAGUUUAAAGGACCCUUGUAAAAUGAGGCGUCAGAGGCACUUGAGAUAAAGAACUGCUGUAAAUAUGGCAACUGGAGGUCAAUCCACAAGCUGGAGACUCAAUACACACUGUAUAUAGAUGUCCGGCAGCGUAGACACAUAGCAGGGGGAUCUCCCCUCCCCCACACUGAUUGUCUCCUAUGUAGACCCAUGCACGCCCUGCAAUAGACCACUAUCCCGGUGAGGGUCAGACCGGGACUCCUCAUCCUAUGGCUGUUUGGUUGUCAGACUACAACCCCCAGCAGUGGCCGUAGGUUGGGCACCGCGAACUAGACCCCUUAGUAUUACACACUGGAUGAUAAUUUUGUAACGAGGAUUCUUAUUUAAUGGGACGACAACAAAUCAGGAUAUUUUUGUAUAGACGCCGAGGCUAAGCCCCGCCCCCCGCGUUUUAUUGACUUUCUUACGAACCCAUCGUUGUAGCUGCUUCGUUGAUUUCUAUUCUGAUCAAUAUUUGUAUUGAAAAAAAAAUGAAAAUUAUUCAGGAACUUGUAGAUUUUUAUCCCUGUAAAGAGCAGAAUCCGCGUCGGUUUUUCCUCCGCCCGCUGUAUAUAACGUGACGGAUCUCUAUUUUGUUACUGUUCUAGAUUCUGUAGAAUAUAUCAUUUUAUGUCGGCAUAUAAAAACUUGUGUAUA